CGGCGGCCUCCUCGGUUCACCGGGUAUCCAGGGGUGCUCCAGCUUUUGUUAAUAGGGUUCUUUUACCCCUGCCUUCCUUAACGGCUACGUAGUACCUCUCGAAGUUCAUCUUUUGCUUUUCAGACUGGUGUGCCGGCUUCUGCAGUCACUACCCUCUGCUCCCUCCAUGCCUCGAACCCAAGAAUGUUCUUGUGAUUUUUCCAAUUUUUCAGCUCAGUGGAGUGCUCUGGAGUGCGGGCUCUGAGGUUGUACUGUCUAGUUUCGAACGCUGCUUCUCACCUGUACGGGUGUUACCUUGGCAAGUUACUUAACCUUUCUGUGCCCGUUUCUUUGUGAAACAGAGAUGAUACUAGUACCUAGAACAUAGCAUUGGUAUGUGUGUUGCUUGAGAUAACACAGAAAGCUCCAGCACGAUGAAACGCCCAAUGAGUGAGGAUUACAAGCACUCUCUUAUUUCCUGUUGGAACUGUACAGCUGUACUCCAUGGAAUAAAAGCGGGACUGCAGAAAGCUCUAACAGACCAUACAGUAAAAGCCAUUGUGAUUUGUGGAGCAGAUGGCAAAUUCUCUGCAGGGGCUGAUAUCCACAGCUUCGGUACACCAAGAAUGUCUGACCUUGGCCUGGGACAUAUAGUAGAUGAAAUACAGAGAAAUGAGAAGCCCGUGGUGGCAGCUAUUCAAGGUCUGGCUUUAGGAGGGGGACUGGAGCUGGCCCUGGGCUGUCACUAUAGGAUUGCCCAUGCAGAGGCUCGAAUUGGCUUCCCAGAAGUCACAUUAGGAAUCCUUCCUGGUGCAAGAGGAACCCAGCUUCUCCCCAGACUCAUUGGAGUUCCUGCUGCACUUGACCUAAUUACCUCAGGAAGACAUAUUUCGGCAGAUGAAGCACUCAAGCUGGGUAUUCUAGACAAAAUGGUGAACUCAGACCCAGUUGAGGAAGCAAUCGAAUUAGUCCAGAAAAUUUCUGAUCAGCCUCUGGAAUCCCGUAGACUCUGCAACAAGCCAAUUCAGAGCUUCCCCAACAUGGACAGCAUUUUCAGUGAAGCCCUUCUGAAGAUGCGAAAGCAGCAUCCUGGGUGCCUUUCUCAGGAGACCUGUGUCCGUGCAAUUCAGGCUGCCGUCCAGUAUCCCUAUGAAGUGGGCAUCAAGAAGGAGGAGGAGCUGUUCAUGUACCUUCAGAAAUCAGGGCAGGCUAGAGCCCUGCAAUAUGUUUUCUUUGCGGAGAGGAAUGCCAGUAAGUGGUCAACCCCCUCGGGAGCAUCCUGGAAAACAGCAACGGCACAGCCCAUCUCCUCAGUUGGCGUUGUUGGCUUGGGAACAAUGGGCCGAGGCAUUGUCACUGCUCUUGCGAAGGCCAAGAUCCCUGUGAUUGCUGUGGAAUUGGACAAGAAGCAGCUAGAGACUGCUGAUCAGAUAAUAACCUCCCUCUUGGAAAAGGAAGCAUCCAAAAUGCAGCGUAGCAGCCACCAUUGGUUAGGACCAAAACCCAGGUUAACCACAUCCCUGAAGGAGCUAGGUGGUGUAGAUUUAGUCAUCGAAGCAGUAUUUGAGGAAAUUAACUUGAAGAAGCAGGUCUUUGCUGAACUGUCAGCUGUGUGCAAGCCAGAAGCUUUUCUGUGCACCAAUACUUCAGCCUUGAACAUUGACGAGAUUGCUUCUUCCACUGAUCGCCCUCACUUGGUCAUUGGCACUCACUUCUUCUCACCAGCUCACAUCAUGAAGUUGUUAGAGAUUAUUCCCAGCCAGUACUCUUCCCCUACUACCAUUGCCACAGUUAUGAAUUUAUCAAAAAAAAUUAAAAAAAUUGGAGUAGUUGUAGGUAACUGUUUUGGAUUUGUUGGCAAUCGAAUGUUGAAGCCUUAUUACAAUCAGACAUAUUUCUUGUUGGAAGAGGGCAGUAAGCCAGAGGAGAUAGAUCAGGUGCUGGAAGAGUUUGGUUUCAAAAUGGGACCUUUUAGAGUGUCAGAUCUUGCUGGAUUGGAUGUGGGUUGGAAAUCUCGACAAGGGCAAGGUCUUACUGGACCUAUGUUGCCUUCAGGAACGCCUGCCCGAAAGCGAGGCAGUGAGAGAUAUUGCCCAAUUCCUGAUAUGCUCUGUGAAUCAGGACGGUUUGGCCAGAAGACAGGAAAGGGUUGGUAUCUAUAUGAUAAGCCACUGGGUAGGAUUCACAAACCUGACCCCUGGCUCUCUGAAUUCCUGUCACAGUACAGACAAACCUAUCACAUCGAGCCACGUGUCAUUAGCCAGGAUGAGAUCCUCGAGCGCUGUUUGUACUCACUCAUCAAUGAAGCAUUCCGUAUCUUGGGAGAAGGGAUGGCUGCCACUCCAGAGCACAUCGAUGUUGUCUAUUUACAUGGGUACGGAUGGCCAAGGCACAAGGGUGGGCCCAUGUUCUAUGCCUCCACAGUGGGGUUGCCCACAGUGCUAGAAAAGUUGCAGAAAUAUUACAGGCAGAAUCCUGAUAUUCCACAACUAGAGCCUUGUGACUAUCUGAAAAAAUUGGCUUACCUGGGCAACCCUCCUCUGAAAGAAUGGCAGAGCUUAGCAGGACCCCCUAGCAGUAGACUGUGAUUCAGCCUUCCAGGUUAUGACUCACGUGCUUGCAUCAGGAAAUGCUCAUGGAAUUUCACUGAUAUUAAAUCAAAAGAUCCAAAGUAAGAUUGCUCUGAAAUACAAAGCAGCUGAACCUUCUCUUUGUGCCUUCUAUCUGAUUAUUCUAAUGGAUCAGAUCUUUAGGAAUCUCCUUCCUAUGCCUCUGAGUCCAUCUUUAUUGGAUAAAUCAUUUCGAUCGCAGUGAAUAAACUCGUGUCAAUACCAUAAUAGCUAAGGAGAGAAACUCAGGAUUAAGUUGAGGUUUCCAAGUGCUUUGAUUGUUGGAAAUGUCAACAAUGAAUCCCUGGGGCGUCUGGGUGGCUCAGUGGGUUAUUAAGCCUCUGCCUUCGGCUCAGCUCAUGAUCCUGGGGUUCUGGGA